CAGGUUGACCGAUCAGCUGUACUGUGAAUGUUAACCUGUGUUAACCUAAAAAUGAUGUUCAUUCCCAUAGAAAUAUUCAACUGAUUUAUCAAAGUUGGAUCCAAUCCAAUUGGAUCGCACAAAAACUGAUUGUAAUAAGUAAACAUCUUGAAAAGUUUAUUGUAUGAUGAGCAGUAGCAACUCAAAGGCAAAGAUACCACGAAAAUAUAAUAAGUUAGAGAAGCAGGAAGAAAAAUCAAAUGCAGUGGCAAUUGCCAGUACACCAACUAAGAAUACAAGGCACCUAGAAACUGAUAAAGCUUACAGUCCAGUGUUUCUACCAUGCACACAGGAAUCAACAGAAAAUGUUGAUGUUAUGUGGGACUGGAAUUCUCCUCAAUCGAAACUGAAUCUACACAGGAAACAGAAACGAUUACUUCAAACAGCUUCACCAAAGUUACCCAUCAAAAAGCAAUCAUCAAGCACUCAACUGGAGAACUUUGAUAACCUGAAGGAGCAGUUGAAAGCGUUUCAAGAGGAAAUCAAUCCAGAAAACGAUUCUCAAUUGGAAUCUCAUGAUAGCACAGACAAUAACAGUGAAUCCUUUGAUAAUUUAUUUGAUGAUUCCAUUGAGGAUCAAUUGAUAUUAGUCAGUCAACAAAUAGAAGCAAAAUAUGAAAAGGAUGUACAACCAGCAGAAGAACCUGAAAAUAAAUUAUCGGAGAAUGAAGGUGUUGCGGAGGCAAGCGAACCUAAUAAACUACAGGUACCAACGCAUUCAAAUAGCCCCAGAAAAUUUCUAACAAAAUCUUUAAGUUCGAACACGUUGGAUUCGGCUAUGGCGCAGUCGCCGGUCCGAAAAGUUACGAAAAAGUCGCAAUUCAAUUUUAUAAGUAAAAUGCAUGAAUUAAGAAACGAGUCUUGCACAAAUGAUUCGAAGGAAGUUCAUUUUGAAUUACCGAAGAAUCCAGUCACCCCAAACAAUUCCCCAUUGAAAUUUAAAGCCAGAAGUUUGAGUUUUGGAGAUCAUUGCACUAAUAAUAAAAAGAAAGAUAUUAUCAUUGAUGAUAAACUUAAAGAAGAAAUUGAGAGGAAACGGUUGCAAGCUAAAGCUAAAUUGAAGUCAAAACAAAUGCAAGAAACAAGUGAUUCUGACACCUCUCCAAUAAAAUGUUCUCCAGAAGAGAUAGAGGUGAAACGAAAAAUGGCUUUAGCUAGAUUGGAAAGCAAGCGACAGCAAGAACUGAUAGAGAGGAAAAGGCAAGAAGCUUUAAAGAAAAGAGAACAGAAAAAUAAACAGAUUCCAGAAAGUGUUAUAUUUGAUGAUUGA